AUGUCUUCUUUGAAAACACAAAUUGACAAAGCCACCGAUUGUACAUUGACCGACGAUAAUUGGCAGUUAAUUCUCGAUGUGUGUGACACUAUAUCCAAGGAUCCUGAAAAAAAUUCAAAGGAUGCUAUUAAUUUCAUCAGAAGUCGACUCUCCACAAGGGAUGCGAAUACUUUAUUCAGAACACUCUCUCUCAUUGUUGCCAUAGCUGAGAAUUGCGGCUCACGGUUGCAACAGGAAAUUGCCUCAACUUGCUUUCUUCAGGAGAGUGUUUUGAGCAAAUUGUCUGACAAGAAAGUUCACAAGCAAGUUAAGGUACGGAUCGCAGAAGUAAUUGCCCAUCUCAAUAUGACAUUUAAAAACGAUCCAUCCUUAAGGCCGAUACAAGAUGCGCUACAAACUGUGAAAACAAAAUAUCCUCAGUAUUGCAAAGGGGCACCGUCUAAGCCAGCUAAAACAGCAAUACCUGGAAAAGUCAAGGAGCAGGAAGAGCAAGAGCUCGAACGAGCGCUACAAUUAUCGGUACAAGAAUAUGAACGAGAGCAGACCAAGGUGCUGAAAGAUAGGUUGGAGCCCAUGACGAUCGCCAAUGUCAAAAAGGUUCGCGCUCUCUAUGACCUCAUUUCCUACGAGCCAGACGAGCUCUCGUUUAAGAAAGGUGAUAUUAUUAUUGUUGUGGAAUCUGUUUACCGUGACUGGUGGAGAGGUGCCCUUCCUAAUGGAAAGAUUGGUAUUUUUCCUCUAAAUUAUGUGACCCCCGUCGUAAGCAAAACACCAGAGGAAGCAGCGCGAGAAGCGUCUGUGGAGGAGAGGUUGCUGAAAGUUGAGCAACGAAAGAUUGAUGAGCUUCUUGCUCUUAUCUCAUCGGAUCCUUUGACCUUAGACGAAGAUAGGGUCACAGAAUUACCAUCAUUAGCAAAGGCUAUUGAGAAAUACGGCACUCGGAGAGACGAACUUACAGUACUUCAUGAUCGUACGAGUAAGGCCACUUACUUUUACGACUCAUUGAUUGAUAAAGUGGUACAUCACAGUGGAGAAUUUCGAGCAUCUGACAGUCUUCCUUAUCCCUCGGGAACUAGAUUUGUCGAGCCAGCGUUGCAACAACAGCUGACGAGCAGUGGAUUUGGUAAUCAAGGAGUUGAUAGGCCUCAUUUUAGUCGGUAG